UCAGGAGCUGUUGCAUGGGAUUCUGGGAGCGUAGGCAAGGCAGCCUCCAAGGCCUUUUGGGAGUUGUAGUCUCCGGAUCCACUUCCGCGCCGGAGUUCCGCAUGUCAGGCGGUUUGGACGAUCCACCACCGAGUUCUGCUCAGGAGAAGCCGUCCCGUCCUGCCUCACCUGGACCCCACGAUGCCCGCCCCGCAGUGCGCCUCCUGCCACAAGGCGCGCGCGGCCCUCCGCCGUCCCCACUCCGGCCAGGCGCUGUGCGGCCCCUGCUUCUGCACCGCCUUUGAGGCCGAGGUGCUACACACGGUGGUCGCGGGCCGCCUGCUGCCGCCCGGCGCCGUGGUGGCCGUGGGCGCCUCGGGCGGCAAGGACUCCACCGUGCUGGCGCACGUGCUGCGCGAGCUGGCCCCGCGCCUGGGCAUCUCCCUGCGCCUCGUGGCCGUGGACGAAGGCAUCGGCGGCUACCGGGACGCGGCGCUGGCGGCCGUGCGGCGGCAGGCGGCGCGCUGGGAGCUCCCGCUCACCGUCGUGGCCUACGCAGAUCUCUUCGGGGGCUGGACGAUGGACGCCGUGGCCCGCAGCACGUCCGGCUCCGGCCGCAGCCGCGCCUGCUGCACCUUCUGCGGGGUCCUGAGGCGCCGGGCUCUGGAAGAAGGGGCGCGCCUCGUGGGAGCCACGCACGUCGUGACGGGACACAACGCCGACGACAUGGCCGAGACGGUGCUCAUGAACUUCCUGCGGGGCGACGCGGGCCGCCUGGCGCGGGGCGGGGGCCUGGGCUCGCCGGGCGAGGGGGGCGCCCUGCCGCGCUGCCGCCCGCUGCAGCUGGCCUCGCAGAAGGAGGUGGUUCUGUACGCGCACUUCCGCCGCCUCGACUACUUCUCCGAGGAGUGCGUGUACGCGCCCGAGGCCUUCCGCGGCCACGCGCGCGACCUGCUCAAGCAGCUGGAGGCGGCGCGGCCGUCGGCGGUGCUGGACCUCGUGCACUCGGCCGAGCGCCUGGCGCUGGCCCCAGCCGCGCGGCCCCCGCCCCCCGGCGCCUGCAGCCGCUGCGGGGCGCUGGCCAGCCGCGCGCUCUGCCAGGCCUGCGCCCUCCUGGACGGCCUGAACCGCGGCCGGCCCCGCCUGGCCAUCGGCAAGGGCCGCCGGGGGCUGGACGAGGAGGGCCCGCCGGGGGCGCCGCCGCGGGAGCCGUCCGGGCGCGCGGCCUCCGAGCGCGCCCCCGCCUUCUAGAGACGCCCGCCCGCCCGAUCUGCGCUGCGAUCCGAGGGACGUGGCGAUCCGACACUGUGAAGAAACCCGAGUCACCCUCGGCCGGGCUGCGCGUGAGCUUGGGAGGGGGCCGGGAUGCUGUUACCUGGGACACUGAGGAAGCUGGGGCUCCGGGUGCCUGGGGCUGGGGAGGAGGGACGGGGGCCUGGGGUUGCCCCUGGGUCUCAGACAGGAGAGGACUCAACGACUUUCGACUCCGGAGCGAGUGGAAAUGAGGGGGCCGCUUGCCGGCACCUCUGCGGGGUUCUGGGCCUGCUCAGGCAGUCCUAGCCCUUCUUGAACGCCUACUGUGUGCCCGAUGGUCCAUGUUUGCCUACAGUGGGAUAAGCAAGCCCAUGUGACUUGAUGGACACAUGUCAAUUACAGUAACCAUGACCUUGUGCAAUCUGAGUGAGCGGCCGCUUGCUGUAGGCGCUGCGCCAGCUCAUUUCAUCCUCACCACCAUCUCAUUGGCUGUAGCCUGCGCCUCAGUAACUGACCUGAGGUCACCUCGCUGAAGAGGGAUCCAACUCGCACCCAGGUCUGCUUGGGGCUCUUCGGACUGUGGAUUUAGUCCUUAGCCCCUUCCCCAGCAUCUGAAUUUCUGCGUGAUAGGCGAGAAGCGGCUGGGUGAGCCUGAGUCAGUGACUUAACCUCUCUGGUCUUGCAUUUCCUCCUCUGAGAAUGGAAUCAGAGCCUUCCAUCAAAGCACUGUUUGUGAAUAUUUGAUAAAGUGUUCCAUAAAUGG